GGGAAAGUGCGGAAUUUGCUUUUGAACCGUCGAUCGUCGUCGUCGUAAAUCGUCGUCGCGCGAGUGAAAAGUCAUCUUUUGUUCGUGUGCGGGAAAGAGAGGGAUAUGUCUGGAUGAAAAUAGAUAAAAGAAAUUGGUGAUCGGAGAAGGCGUAGUCGGAAUAGUGAAUUUUUAAACCGUAUUUUGUGUUUUAAUUAAAGUUCAGUACUAAUAUUGGUGCAUGAAAAAGUGAACCCAAAGUUGUGGAUAUUAUUUGCCGCAACCUUAAAAAGCCAACUUCAAUCCUAGCAAUUAAAUUGGACUGAAACGUCUACCAGACAGAAAGGGAGAAGUUUCUGAAACUACUCUCUGUAUCGAUCAAAACUUGAUGUUUUUCAAAUAAAAGCAUAUUUAAAAAAGCGGUUCAAGUGAAAGCGCUCUGCCUCGCUCUUGCAUGUGUGGUGUCCAAGCGGCCGCGAUAAAGUGUAAUGUGGUGUUUUUCAUGCAUCCCUGCCAAUUCAGAACCAAUGGCAGCCAUCCGGAAGAAGCUGGUCAUCGUUGGCGACGGUGCCUGCGGAAAGACCUGUCUGCUGAUCGUCUUCAGCAAGGACCAAUUCCCAGAGGUCUACGUGCCGACAGUGUUCGAGAACUAUGUGGCCGACAUCGAGGUCGACUCGAAACAGGUGGAGCUAGCGCUAUGGGAUACGGCCGGACAGGAAGACUACGACCGGCUCAGGCCCCUGAGCUAUCCCGACACCGACGUCAUCCUGAUGUGCUUCUCGGUCGAUUCCCCCGACUCGCUGGAGAACAUCCCAGAAAAGUGGACCCCUGAGGUCAAACAUUUUUGUCCAAACGUACCCAUAAUCUUAGUUGGUAACAAGAAAGAUCUCAGAAAUGACCCUCACACAAUUAAGGAAUUGUCCAAAAUGAAGCAGGAACCGGUCAAGCCACAGGAAGGACGUGCAAUGGCAGAGAAGAUCAACGCCUUCGCCUAUUUGGAGUGCUCGGCCAAGUCGAAAGAGGGCGUCCGUGAGGUGUUCGAGACCGCCACCAGAGCCGCGUUACAGGUCAAAAAGAAGAAGAAGAGUAAAUGUGUGUUGCUCUAAGAGAGCAAUGGGCAGCAGAGUACACAUUUGGAGAAAACGCGCAUUAGGGGAACAUUGUUGCAACUUACACACAUAAACACACACGCAUAUACAUACAUAAACAAAACAAAACGUGCAUAAAUGAAAAAAAAAACAUACAAAAACUACACAACCACAUAUGGGAAGUGAAGAGGAAUAGAAAGCAGCAACAUGAAAGGACAGACGUUAAAGGAAAUUUACUGGUGGUCGUUGUCGUCGAUGGGUUAGUUAGGAAAAAAACAGAAGCUGAGAAGGAUGGUCAGAACUAGGAAGUGUUUCGGACGAGAAAAAAAACUAUUCAGCAAGCUGAAAGAAAGCGAUCGUUAGGAUAAAAAAAAAUGCCGAAAUACCAACUUAUUAAAAAAAAAGUCUAUCUUUACCGCAUUGCACACAAAAACAAAUAAGUAAAGCAUAAUUCAGCAUAUAUAAAACAAAAGAACAAAAAAAAUAAAGCGGGAGCCGACGCGAACGAUCAGACGAUACCUACCAAAAAAUGGAAGUAAUGUUUUUUGCGAUCGUUUUUUUUAAUCGAAGGAGCACCGCGAUGCGCGGAAGGAAUUAGAAAUCGUUAGCGUAUAAUUAUUGUCAAUCAGCAGUGCGUCAAACCACAGAUACCCACAUACACAAAAAUCAACAACGGAGAACUCUGAGCAAAGCAUUUGAUUUGUGCGGAAAAUGCCGAUAGCCAGGAAAAGCUGUAACCAUAUUCACAAUAAAAAAAAACAACAGCAUUACAUCAGAACCAUUAAGAACAGAAACGAAACUAGGGACAUAACGCUAAAAAAAAAUCGGCAGUUAGACGUAUCAAGCAUUUUUUCUACAGGGCGAAGCAAACUACCGGGUUUUCUUUCCUCUCAAAACUAUCGUUUUUUACUACUUGUCGCGAGCGGGCAUCUGUCUAGAUGUGUUUUUAUUACUAAUUAAUAAUGAUAAAAACUCCUAUUAUUAUACUUUAGAAUAUAUGAAGCAAAGAUUAUUUGGAAGGAAGUGAGAAGCCAGGAAAACAAAAAUCAGCAAGUUGAAGAUAACAGUCUAAAUAAAAGGUUAGAUUUUUAAACAAAAAAAAAAUACACACACAUAACAUUUAAAAAAAACAA